ACUUCAGUGUUUUUCUCUUUCUCUCUUUUGUCACUGUAGAGAACCUUCUUUGAUGAAGAACAUUUUAACUUGCUGCUUCUGGAAUGGAGGUGUCUUUCUGGCCAGUAUAUUAGGUUUUAAUUACAUUCUGCUCCCUAUUGUGCAAAACGUAAUCCAGUUUAUAUUUGGUGAAACAGUAUACGAUGGAGUAGUUUGGCUGUGGAUCUACCAAAUUCUUUCAUGGACAUUUAAUACUCUUUGGGUUCUUCCUUUGUUUGUUGUCAGUAAAAUAGUAAACUGCUUUUGGUUUCAGGACAUUGCUGACCAAGCCUACAAGACCACACGUGGACGACCUCGGGCUUUACCAUUCAGUACCAUGGUAGCUGAUACAUGCUUCAGUGUUUUACUUCAUCUAAUAUUCCUGAUACAGAGUAUGUUGGCAAGUUUGAUCCCAAUUCAGGGAAUUGGAACAUUUAUUGGUCUUCUACAUAUGUCUCUGCUAUCUUCGUCCUACGCUUUUGAAUACAGAUGGUUUAAUAUGGGUUGGGAAGUGCACCAAAGAGUAGCCUGUGUUGAGAAAAACUGGCCAUAUUACUUUGGAUUUGGUUUACCUCUUGCACUUUGUACACUGAUGGUUUCUUCUCAACUUGUGAGUGGCUGUGUUUUCUCGCUUCUUUUUCCUCUCUUCAUCAUCAGUGCAAAUGAAGCCGAACUUAGACAAAGCAAUGUAUUUAGUCCUUUCACAUUGAAACUGUUCACACCAUCAGCUAAACUGACUAAUUCAAUCUUUUGUUUCUUGACAAAUCCUCGAGCUCCCUGAAAAGACUUCCUCACUUAUAUUAUCUCUUAAAUCUACCUCUUUGGUGUACUUUCAAGGCAGCAAAACAGCAAAGAAGGAUAUGUUCUGAACAGAGAUUAAAAUAUAUUCCAAAAAAAGGCACUUUUAAAUGUGCGUUGAUAUAUGAAAAUAGAUAAUAUGAUGUGAGAGGAAACAAAAUUGAAAAACAAUAACAAUAAAAAAGCUGAAUAAAACAAUCAUUUUUGAUGGUGACAUAUAAAAUACUCACUAUGAUGUCAAGUUCAUUUGAAGAUCUCAGAAACUGUUUUGUUUGCCAAUUGCAGAGGAGAUCUUAGCAACCGAUACCACUAUACAAGUGUUUACUGAAUGUUAAACUAUGCAAUUAAAUUCCAUUCGAAAGAAAAUGAAAGAAUCGAAAAUGAAACUGCAAUUCAAGAUUCAAUUUUACAACAGCAACAAAACGACAACAAAUAUAAUUUUUCAUUUUGCUAGUUUUUUUUUUUAAUAUACUGUGGAAACUCUUUGAAAAGUCCUUGCUGCAAAUUUUAUGUGCUUAAUGAAGGCUUUAGAAACAUUUCUAAUGCACCUGCAUCCUAUAUAUAUCCUGGAGACAUAUCAUCAGGAAGUGUUACCACUGAUACAUAUCUGUGAAAAGAUAUAUUUGUCCAAUUUUACCAGUGGUAAUUUUUCACCAAAUUUCUAAAUAUUCAAAUACUUAUUGCCCUUGGUGAAGAAAAAUUCCAAGUAAGGAUAUUUUGGUGAAAACAUAGAAAGGCUUAUUUUCAUUGGAAAUUAAUAUGUGUGUGUCAACAAAUUAAAAAUUUCAUCACAUAUAUUUUUCAAAAUUAGAUGGUUCAAUAAAGCCUUGAACAUUUUCCCCAAUUUUUCUUUCACCAUUUUUUUUUUAAAUGUAUGUAUGUUAUUAGUUUAAAAAAUUUAUCCUCACACUACAUUUACAAUGGAACUUCAUACCAAAAAAUUGUUAAACUUAAAUAUUGCCAAAGUAACGAAAACAUUCAUGUGCUUCUUAUUCAUUUACAGUUUGUUUCAAUAGUAAAAUUUGAAGUAAGGAUGCAGACAGGCUCAUUUUUCCCUACUGAGAAUUGUCUAUUGGAUGUAAUAUAAGUGAUGACUGGUUUCUCAUUUAGAUGCUUUAAUAAAUAACUGAAAUCUAUGUUCUGAUGACUGCAUAGCAAAAAAGUAAAAAGCAAAAAAGGUGAAGGGCAUGGCUACAUUUUCUAUUUUAUGCUAUCUCACUAUACAGCAAUAAAGCUUUCGAUAUGACACUAUUUAAUAGUAUUAAAAGGAAAAUGACAAUAAUAAAAUAAAAUGUAUAUAUUAUAAAGCAUGUUGCACAGGAGAGUUUGAUACAUAAAAUUCAUUUUCAUUAAUAAUACAUAUGUACAGAGUAAUGAAUUUAUCUUUCCAGUUAAUGGUACCUGAAUGGAUAUAAAUUAAGCUGCCUCAUUCAUUUUACUAUCUA